CCCCGCCCCGCGCCCGUCCCCUCUCCUCUCUUCUCUCCGCUCCACCCACUCCCGCUCUGCUCCCACCGAUCUGCCAUCUCGCCCGGCCCCGCCCCGCCCCGCCUGCUCUAGGGAUUUGGGACGGAGAUCCGCCGGAGAUUGAGGACAGGGACGGAGCCGUCGGGGCCGGGGAGCGGCGGCGGCGAGGCGCCGGAGGGAUGGACGGACACGGCGGCGGCGCGGGCGCCGGCAAGCUGACGCGCACGCCCUCCUCGCUCCUGCGCUCCCCCACGGUGCGGAACUGCUCCUCGUUCCAGGCCGUGGUGGUGGAGGACCCGGAGCCCGACGACAAGAAGGCCCAGGCGCACCCCAAGGCCCCGCCCCACCACUUCCACCCCGGCGCCGGCCCCGCCCACCCGCUCCUCGUCCUCGCGCUCCCGCUCGCCUUCCUGCUCAUCCUCCUCCUGCUCCGCGGCGGGGACGCCCACCACCUCGCCCUCCUCGCCGCCUCCGCCGCCGCCGCGCUCGCCGCCGCGGCCGGGGCCGCGCGCCUGCUCCGCGCCCGCCUCCGCCUGCGCCGCUCGCCCGGCUCCGGCUCCGUGCAGUGGUUUAUCGGCGACGACGACGACAAGCCCCAGAAGCGGGCGGACAAGGCCGCCGCCGCCGCGCACGGCCGCGUCGUGCGCGAGGGCGUCGAGUUCUACAGCAAUGGGGACUGCUACGAGGGCGAGUUCCACAAGGGCCGCUGCAACGGCAGCGGCGUCUACAACUUCUUCGGCAAGGGCAAGUACGAGGGCGACUGGGUCGACGGCAAGUACGACGGCUACGGCAUCGAGAGCUGGGCGCGCGGCAGCCGCUACCGCGGCCAGUACCGCCAGGGCCUCCGCCACGGCCACGGCGUCUACCGCUUCUACAGCGGCGACUGCUACGCCGGCGAGUGGGCCGGCGGCCAGAGCCACGGCAUCGGCGCGCAGACCUGCUCCGACGGCAGCUCCUACGUCGGGGAAUUCAAGUGCGGCGUCAAGCACGGCCUCGGGAGCUACCAUUUCAGAAAUGGCGAUCGAUACGCCGGUGAGUACUUUGGGGACAAGAUCCACGGGUUCGGUGUCUACAGCUUCGCCAAUGGCCAUUGCUACGAAGGCUCCUGGCACGAAGGCAAGAAGCAGGGAUUCGGGAUGUACACGUUCCGGAAUGGCGACAAGCGAUCGGGGGACUGGGAUUCUGGGACUCUCAAGACUCCCUUGCCCCCGUCUGACCCUGCUGUUCAGCGUGCAGUACAGGCUGCUCAGCGGGCCGCCGAGAACGCCUUUCGCCUGCCCAGAGUCGACGAGCAAGUCCAUAAGGCGGUCAUGGCCGCGAACAGGGCCGCCACGGCUGCUCGUGUGGCGGCGAUCAAGGCUGUCCAGAACAGGAUGGAUGGCAAAUUUUGCGAUACCUAUGUGUGAAUUGUUGUGCGGAAGACCAUGGAUGGUUUUUUCUUUCGGUUUUUCCUUCUAACUGUACAUUAGGGUAGCGAAGGACAAUAACUAAUCAGUGAGGUCCAGACGACCGGGGCAGCACAACCGCUAGCUCCGAGUCAGGGUUCAGCAACGGGAGCUGACGAAGAGCGGAGCUGGCGAAUGGGGGCGAAUCCCAUUUGCGAGAAACGGCUCGGAUUCUGCGACGCCAUCGGCGGUCCCCUUCCUCCUCUCCUCCUUGCAAGCUGUAACUGUACAUAGAUCCAAGUGUAUCAAUGGAAGAGUGAGUUUUUCCAACGCCCUUUCGAGUU